AUGGUGUACGGUGAAUGGGAUCUAUUCGGUAACGCCUUAGAUUACCUACAACCGGGUGUAUUUUCUGGAUUGACCAACCUUCGACAACUGAGUCUUUACGAAAACAGGAUUCGAGGAAUCGAUAAAGGAGUUUUUGACGACCUGCAGGAAUUACGUUUUUUGUAUCUGCAAUCAAAUGAAAUUAAAGACAUACAAGUUGGAGCACUUUCUCAUCUGGGAAAACUUGAAAUUUUAAAUUUGGCAUCGAAUUCUAUAAAUAUUUUAAGCAGUGGAGUGUUCGCAGGACUACAAUCUCUUCAAUAUCUAUUUUUAACCAACAACCACAUCCAUACCAUCGAAGGGCAUGCAUUUGACUCACUGGCAAAUCUCCAGUAUCUGUUCUUUCUUGAUACUGAACUGAGAGAUGUAGAUUCGAAUGCACUUACCGGACUUGCAUCCUUGCAGAAAAUGUCAACUUCUGACAAUAGACUGUGCUGUUUACUAUCGGAAAAUACCACUUGUGCCAGGACAUCCCAGACCAGUGCCUUGGACACCUGUAGCAGGUUAUAUCCAAAUUUGGCAUUGAGGAUUGCAGGGUGGGUCAUGGGUCUGUUGGCCAUUGCUGGCAAUGGCACCGUUCUCUUCCUUCGGCUAUGGGAUAAAAAGAAGCCGAAAGACAGGAAGAAACCGAAAGAUAAGGUCCAGAAUACCAUGAUAAGUAGUUUAGCUAUGGCUGAUAUAUUGAUGGGGGUUUACAUGAUUAUCAUUACGUCUGCCGAUCUUAAGUAUGGCAAUACCUUCUACCUGAGCGCCCCUCAGUGGCGGGAUUCCAACAUUUGUAGAUUUGCUGGAUUUCUAGGAUUCUUAUCCAGUGAAGCAUCGGUUCUAACCCUGACCUUGAUCACCAUAGAUAGGUUCAUAUGGAUCAUGUUCCCGUUCCGCCCAAAUUUAAGGAUUGGUCACAAGGGGUCUAAGAUUCUUAUUGGUGCAGCUUGGUCGUUGACUAUACUGUUGAGUAUCGGAUUGGUGAUUGUUACGUCAUACAGACCUGACGUGUACGGACUUUCCGACGUCUGCCUUGGUUUGCCGCUUCAUGUAGAGGCGAAAGAUACUGGAGUUCUGGAAAUCACUGGACAUUUCUACUUUGAGUAUCAGGUUAAUUUCAAGAUUAAUGAAAGGGGUUCCAGGCCUCCAUGGUUGCUUUCCAUCAUUAUUUUCAUUGGCUUUAAUCUGGUGUCUUUCACUUUGAUCUUGAUAUGUUACAUUAUGAUCUUUAUCACGGCUCGUCGUUCUUCGGCCAAAGUUCGAAAGAACAGCUCCAAUAAGCAAGAGACCAAAUUGGCUGUUCGUAUGGCGAUGAUCGUUGCUACAGACCUCGUCUGUUGGAUGCCAGUCAUCAUCAUGGGUAUCCUUUCUCAGACCGGUGCAGUCACCCUCCACCCUUCUCUCUAUGCCUGGACAGUGAUUCUCAUCGUCCCUAUCAAUUCAUCAAUCAACCCUUUCUUAUAUACCUUCAUUGUGUACAUCGAUGAAAAGAAGGCGAAGAAGAAGACAGUGAUGAACGAGAAAAAAGUCAAAUUAUUAGAAUCAAAAAGCGAGCGAAGUGUGGUACAGUCUUCUGGGAUUAAUAGUGAUAAUAGCAAGUCAUCUGAAAUAUAGCUUGAUAAUUUCGUCUUAACCGAACCUAUCCAACCUGGAUUUUAUUUUAAUCAACAUAUGAUUUUUAUACAAUUUGGAGGUUUGUCGUAUAUUUCCUCCCUCAAAAUAACCCCACAUAAAUUGGAUAUUGCUGGUGAGAUAUGGAGACCCAUCAUAAUAUAAUAAACAAUAGGUUGGAACAGCAAUUAAAAACAAGAUAGUCAUGCUCUGCAAUUGAUUACAAUGAAAAUACCCACAAUCCUUUUGCAAGGGCAUAAAGACGUUGAACUGUGCAUGGUGUACAUUGUACAUUGUAGAAGAACCGUAUGUUAUGAUUCUAACAUACUAUUAUUAGUAACUAUACUAUUGCUAUCAUUACUACUACUCGUAAUAUCAGUAGUAAUAGUAGUAGAGUAAUAGAUGUAGCAGUAGUGGAAUCAUUAUUAUUGUUGUAUUUAUAGAUUAUCAAUCUUAUCAUUAUCGUUAUCAUUAUGUUACUAUUAACUCCAAAAACUGUAAAUGUUAUAUAUAUUGUUCAAAUGAGUGUAUUUUAUUAGGUUAAACACUACAGGGUAUAAUCAAGAUAUCGCAUUUAAAUUGAUUAAGACAUAAUUGCAAACAUUCAUACAUUUAUCUUAUGUUAUCAAAAAUGUGGCAAAUUUCAUUUGAAAGUUCUCGGCUAUCCACUGCAGCCUUCAUCAACGAUUUAACCCAAAUUAACUUUAAAGGGGAAUCCAGCCUUGGCUAUAAACUGUUGUGUUGGGAAGGAGAAAAAUAAAUUAAACAGAAUGGUGAAAGUUUGAAAGAAAUCGGACAAGCAAUAAGAAAGUUAUAGCUGCUUUAAAAUUGAGAUCACUAAUACUAUGUAGAUUCAAAUUGGCAACUGAGUAAGUAAAUUAUGACAAGGGGCAAGGACAGCUUUUCCAUAGGCCUUUACUAGUAUUAUAUAGUACUUUAUUAUCAGGGAUUUGUGGUUUUCUACUAAGUACCCAUUCCCCUGGGGCAGUAAUCUAAAUAUAACCCAGGUAGUAUAUUGUUUUAUGUCCUCAUGAAAUAAAAAUAUAAUUUGAAAUAAAACUUUUGGGGAAAAUGACAUUUUAGCCAUAAUAUGUAUUGAGGUACAUGGAGGAGUAGUCCUUGCCUUACAUCACUAUGACUUCCCAUAUGCGGCCAAUUUGAAGUCUCCAUGGGUAUAGUGAUUACCAAUAUUUAUAACUUUUAAAAAUUCAUAACUAUCUUGUUGUUUGUCCAAUAUUGUUCAAACUUUCACCUAUCAACUUGUCUGAUUUGUAUUUUCCUUAUAAAAGCAAGUUUUUACUUGGGUUGGAUUCCCCUUUAAUGACAUACACACAGUGUAUUGAUCUAAAUAUUGUAGCGUCCCGUCUCCUUGGUCUUUGUUGGCAGAAGGUUUUGAAUGCCAGGAUACAAAUGUCGAUGUCAUUCAGAUGGCAGUUGGUUCCUAAGUGGGUCGUAGACAUUCAGAAGAUGGAAGUGCCGCGUUUAUGUUGAGAGAAGAUUCGAGUGCUUGGAUUCAAAUUUCAAAGCCAUCCACAUGACGAGUCGUGCUUCCUUACGGCCGUAGACAUUCAAUAUAUAUUGUAAUGUCUUGUAUUCAUGGUCUGGUUGAGGGAAGGUUGAGUGCCAGAUUACAAAAUGUCAACGCUAACUAGUCAAUUUUUCCUAUGUUUUGGAAGCUCAUCGCCGGAAUUUUAACUAGUUCGACUUCAAUGUGUUUUAAGGCCUAUGAUCGAGGACUUGGAGACAGUAUUGAGAAGGAAGAGUUUUUACUGGGAAAGGGUUUUUACAGGUCACGUUUUACGAACCCUGUUCAAUGAGAGGCAGCCCUUGAAGCGUAUGUCAGGAAUCGUAUAUUGGAUAAACUGAGAUUCUCCUAGGACUAGAUUUUUCAAAAAUGGCUGCCCGCACCCUACUUCUUUCGAUGUUUCCCAGCACAUUCACAUCAACAUCAACAUGGGAGAAGCAUUGUGUGGUCCGGGAAAAUGUGCCAAUUCCUCCAAUUACCAACUCUCAUACUACCAUUUGGUCUACCAUCAAUUGGUCCACUAUCCACAUCGUCUAAUUGUUACUUCGUCUAUACAUCAUUUCGUCUUAUGACCUGUUGGUUCACUAGCCAUUUAGUUCAUAUACCAUUUGAUCUAAUUGGACUAUUGUUCAUUUGGCGAAAUUAAUGAAAAUAAAAAUGAAUAUUAGGCAAACUGGUUAUGAGACGAAAUUUUCAUAGACGAACUUAUGAUUAGACGAAGCGAUGAUUGGACCAAAUGGUUUUUAGACGAAAUGUUGAUGGACGGAAUGGCAUCAGACUAAAUAAAAGGUAGACCAUGUAGCGAGUGGACGAGUUGGCAAUAGAAGAAAUUGACAAUUUACCAGUCGGGUUACUUCGAAAGCGUCAGAAGGAGACUAUUAUUAUAACUGUUCCUUUUAGUUGGUGACUCUCCUACAUAAUUGAAAAAUAUCCCCCAUAUUAGCUUAAAAUUCGUGACCAAGUCAUGAUAGAACAUCGAUGAGUUUCAAUUUUUUUUUGUUUCAGUUUCAUUGGUUCUGGGACAAACUGUCUUCUUAAAACGAUUAGCAUAAAUAAAUAAAAAUAUAAGUUAAAAAUAUAAUAAAAUGCCAAUUUUUUUUUUCAGGAACGACGAUAAACACCUUUUUGAUGAUUAUUGGCAUUAUUCCUUUUUUUUCCUCCUUGUAUUGUAACACAUAUUUCUUGGUCAGAUUUCUUGGUCGCAUGACAUGAACCAGGAAAAUAUACCAACAGUAAUGUGUAUGGGAUACACUGGCGCAUAGUUUGGAAUAUGGGCCGCAUGGGCAACGCCCCC